GCGUCAUUGCGAGUGGAUAGCUGACUGUCCCGGGACGCUUCCCUUUCUCUGCCUCUCUCUCUCUCUCUCUCUCUGCGAAUGUCAUCUGGGCGGGGGGAAAGGGCCAGGGAAGCCCUUCGCUUCGACCGGAGAGCCUUUCCCUUCGUGGACGGUCGCAGAGUAUCUCCCCGGAGAGAGAGGCAGGCGGCCGGCCGGAUGGGGAGCCCCAACAACGCCACGCCAGGACUGCGGCUGCUUAGGCCUCCAACCGUGAUUGGACAAUUCCACACACUUUUCUUUGGCUCAGUGCGAAUGUUCUUCCUUGGUGUUUUGGGUUUUGCUGUUUACGGAAAUGAAGCCUUACACUUCAGCUGUGAGCCAGACAAGAGGGAAGUUAAUCUAUUUUGUUACAACCAGUUCAGGCCUAUAACCCCACAGGUAUUCUGGGCUUUACAACUAGUGACCGUACUGGUACCUGGAGCCAUUUUCCAUCUUUAUGCUGCAUGUAAAAGCAUCGCUCAGGAAGAUAUCCUUCAAAGACCUGCCUACACCGUUUUUUAUAUUCUCUCUGUUCUGUUAAGGAUCAUCCUUGAAGUUGUGGCUUUUUGGCUCCAGAGUCAGCUCUUUGGUUUUCAAGUGAAUCCACUCUACAGAUGUGAUGCAGGAGCCCUUGAUAAAAAGUUUAAUAUUACCAGAUGCAUGGUACCGGAACAUUUUGAAAAGACAAUCUUUCUUAUUGCUAUGUACACAUUUACUGUGAUCACAAUUAUGUUAUGUAUUGCAGAAGUUUUUGAAAUCUUGUAUAGAAGGCUAGGUUUCUUGAAUACGCAAUAA